AUGGAGCCAGAAGCCUUAGAAACUUGCGCUUAUGACCCUCACCACCGCGUCCCACUCAGCAGAUUCCAAUACCACCUGGCAUCGUGCAGGAAGAAGAGCCCCAAGAAAGCCGGAAAGAUGACCAGCUGCAAAUACAACACCUGCCACGUGGUCCCCAUCAAAAAGCUGGAGGCGCACGAGGCAGGCUGUGCCGACAGGAGCCUAGGGGAGGAAGGUGACAGCUGGAGCCCCCUGCAAGGUAGCUUUCCAAGUCCAGAGCAGAAUGGAAGCAGCCCUCCAGGGUCCCCCUGGGUCCCCUUGGGCCCCAACCCCGAUGUCUGGAACGUCGAUGACACUAACAGCCAUCCUGUGUUUGUCCUUAAGACUUUUGUUUUCCAAAACCUUGUUUGUGAGAGUGACUCAGAAAGAGAGGCGCCUGAACCUGCCCCAUCCCUGACCACCCCCCAGAAGACCCUCCGUCCCACAGCCUCCCUGGCCAACAACUACAAACCAGACGAUCACAGUCCGGCCUGCAAGUCCUGA